GAAUGCAGUAUUGAGGGUGGGCGGCUCUGUUCAUCCACAUUGAGCACAUUUGGCUAGCAAGAGAAGCUAAGCCACUCGACGCUAAAACACUACCGACAUGUCGGGAAAGAGCUUUCGAGUAAGCGACGGGGAUUGGAUAUGUCCUGAUAAAAAGUGUGGAAAUGUGAACUUUGCAAGGAGAACAAGUUGUAAUAGAUGUGGAAGAGAGAAAACCACAGAGGCCAAGAUGAUGAAAGCAGGAGGAACAGAGAUUGGGAAAACUCUGGCAGAUAAGAGUAGAGGACUAUUCAGCGCAAAUGAUUGGCAAUGUAAAACAUGUGGAAACGUUAACUGGGCGCGGCGGUCGGAGUGCAACAUGUGUAACACUCCCAAAUAUGCCAAGCUUGAAGAAAGAACAGGUUAUGGUGGCGGUUUUAAUGAAAGGGAAAAUGUGGAAUAUAUUGAGCGAGAGGAAUCUGAUGGUGAAUAUGAUGAGUUUGGGAGGAAAAAGAAAAAGUAUCGUGGGAAGAACAGUAGCAAGACGUCUUCCUCAAAAGGAAGUGAAAAGAAAGAAACGGCAAAAAAGGCUCAGCCUCCCCCGCAGCAGGAGGAUGACGAAGAAGAGGAUGACGACGAGGAAGACGGUGACCUGUCCAAGUACAAACUCGAUGAUGAUGACGAAGAUGACGAAGGCGGCGACCUGUCCAAGUACGACCUGGAUGCCAGCGAUGAAGAGAAGGAGCAAGUGAAGAAAAGGGGCAGCCGCUCGGGCUCGUCCCGUUCCCGCUCGUCCUCGCGCUCAUCCAGCUCAAGUUCUCGGUCGAGGUCCAGAUCCGGCUCUAGGAGCUCCUCUAGUUCCCGAUCCAGAUCUCGCUCGAGGUCCCGCUCCAGAUCCAGCUCCAGGUCUGGAAAGGGCUCCUCGCCUCGGAAGAGGUCAGUCUCCCUGCCUUCCUCACCCGAGGGGGGACAGAAGCGGAGUCGCUCCAGGUCGUCAUCUGGAGGCAGAAAACGGAGACGCUCUCGAUCCCGUUCGUCCGAAAGGUUUGGGUUUAAAGUGGAAUACCACAGUGGCACUCAUUAUAGCCGUUUUAUCGCCUCGCUCACGACCUUGUCGUGCUGGUUUUCAAGCUCUGACCUUGACCUGAUACCGUACAAGUAUGCUGUGCUGAAUGUUGAUGACUGUCGGUGCUGACGUGUCUCCCCUUCCCAUCAUGUUAUGUGCUUUCAGGCGCAGCAACCAGUCCUCCGGAUCGUCCCAUUCUGGCUCCAGUUCUAAACAGAAAAAAAAUUAAUUAUAAUGCCUCAGUGAAAUGAACCUUGGUGCAAGUGCAUGUUACCAUGAGAGGAACGACAAAUCCAUAUACAGUAUACUGUUCACCGUCCCAAUUCUCACACACCCACCCACCCACACACACACACACACACACACACACACACACUGUAGUAGCAAUGCUUCCUAUCCUUCAACACCCUCUUUGUCCAACUUGUGACUUGUGUCUCCCAAUAUAUAUACAUGGCCAAAUAAUGUAAUUGGAUGGUCCGUAUUUUGGGAUAAUGUUGGUGGCAGUAUUUCUAUUGAUCUUUGGGGAAAUUUACAUUCUUCCUCAGGACACACCCCUUUUAAAUAUAAAUGCAUCUGUUUGGGGACAACUAGAACUGAUUACCGGUACAGACAGUUUAUUUUGUUUUUAAGGUAAGUAUUACCAAGUUUUGCUCACAAACGGCACCAAUUUCAAUAAAUUUAGGCAUAAAUGUUUCCAUUUGUUUAAACACUAGUAAUUAGUGUUUACCAGAGGAAGGAGGAGAUUCGAUUAACAUUUAUUACUGUUCAAGACUUUUUUUUAGCACAUUGUGACAAUUCAUGCUUUAUAUAUGAUAUUAUGUGUCCGUGUGUAAAUAAAGUCUUGUCAACUUCG